AUGCACGUCAACCUUGCCCAAUUCCCCCACCGCCUGGGGGUUCAGGAGUUUUCUGCCUGUGAGGAGUUCUCUGCCUGUGAGGAGUUCUCUGCCUGUGAGGAGUUCUCUGCCUGUGAGGAGUUCUCUGCCUGUGAGGAGUUCUCUGCAUGUGAGGAGUUCUCUGCCUGUGAGGAAUUCUCUGCCUGUGAGGAGUUCUCUGGCUGUGAGGAGUUCUCUGCGUGUGAGGAGUUCUCUGAGGGUGGCAUUUCAUUGCUGCUCCCACAUCUUCGCUUUCUUCUCUUCUGUCCUGCUAUCCACCGGUUACUCAGCUCCCCACCUUUUACUCCGCUCCCCAACUUUCACUCUUCUCUCUCCCUUCUACUCUGCUCCCAACCCCUUGCUCUGCUCCCCACAUUUUACUCACCUUCCCAACUUCUACUAUGCACCCCACCUUUUACCCUACUCCCCACCCCGUUCUCUGCUCCCCGCCUUUCAACCUACUCCCCAUCCCGUUCUCUGCUCCCCACCUUUCAACCUACUCCCCACCCCGUUCUCUGCUCCCCACCUUUCAACCUACUCCCCACCUCGUUCUCUGCUCCCCACCUUUCAACCUACUCCCCACCCCCUGCUCCCCACCUUUCAACCUACUCCCCACCCCGUUCUCUGCUCCCCACCUUUCAACCUACUCCCCACCUCGUUCUCUGCUCCCCACCUUUCAACCUACUCCCCACCUCGUUCUCUGCUCCCCACCUUUCAACCUACUCCCCACCCCGUUCUCUGCUCCCCACCUUUCAACCUACUCCCCACCUCGUUCUCUGCUCCCCACCUUUCAACCUACUCCCCACCCCGUUCUCUGCUCCCCACCUUUCAACCUACUCCCCACCCCGUUCUCUGCUCCCCACCUUUCAACCUACUCCCCACCUCGUUCUCUGCUCCCCACCUUUCAACCUACUCCCCACCUCGUUCUCUGCUCCCCACCUUUCAACCUACUCCCCACCUCGUUCUCUGCUCCCCACCUUUCAACCUACUCCCCACCCCGUUCUCUGCUCCCCACCUUUUAACCUACUCCCCACCCCGUUCUCUGCUCCCCACCUUUCAACCGACUCCCCACCUCGUUCUCUGCUCCCCACCUUUCAACCUACUCCCCACCCCGUUCUCUGCUCCCCACCUUUCAACCUACUCCCCACCCCGUUCUCUGCUCCCCACCUUUCAACCUACUCCCCACCUCGUUCUCUGCUCCCCACCCCGUUCUCUGCUCCCCACCUUUCAACCUACUCCCCACCCCGUUCUCUGCUCCCCACCUUUCAACCUACUCCCCACCUCGUUCUCUGCUCCCCACCUUUCAACCUACUCCCCACCUCGUUCUCUGCUCCCCACCUUUCAACCUACUCCCCACCUCGUUCUUUGCUCCCCACCUUUUUCCGCGCUGUCCACUUUUCGUCUGUACUUAGGUGUGACUGCCUUGUGGACCUGUCGUUCGAUUCCAUCUCCCCGCUUGACACCUACCAUCAGAACGCAUCACGGGCGGAAGCACAUGAAUCACCAUACGAGAAGAUGGGGGUGUUUGUGUCGUCUCUCAACAUUCACCACUUGGUGGAUCUGCAGCACCACUACCUACACAGCCACGUGCAGGGCAGCACUCACGUUGGCUUCUGGACGAUCACCAAUGAAGAGGCAGAGAAACAUGAAGAGGGGCAGAUGGUAUCAGCUGUCUUGGACAUGUGGCUGCUGAGCUUCUGUGCUUCUCCCUGCCCUUCCCACCUCCCUCCCAAUGACCUCCUUCUCAUAACACACCUCCUCAUCACUCCUCACUGCUGCCCUCCCCAUUCCCUCCCAGCGACCGCCUGCUCAUAA